AUGAGCUCGCGAGGAGUCGACGGCGACGCAGAGCAUAACAGCUACCAGUCUUCUGAGCAACCGCGAUCGCCGGAGCCGCCGGGGACCCUACCGCUGUCGCUGCAGCAGUCGCGGGAUCCACAGAGGCGGGAGGUUCUCUUCCCCAACCCUGUUGGGGCAGCGCUGCAACGCAAGGCAGUGCGCUCUCCAAAGUCGUGCGACGCCUCGGUGGCUCACGGGAUAGUCAGUGCCAGUGCUGUGAGUUUUUCGUCCGAGGCGUCUCGUAAGCGCAGCAACAAUGCAGGUAGCCCGGAGAGGAACGGCAAGGACGAGGAGAGCGAGGAGGACCGCCCGUCGACGGCGCCGGCCGCCGGGCCACGGCGGCUGAACAGCACCUCUUGCUGUCCCAGCCAGAUGCCUGACGCGGAGGCACCGCCCGGGGUGACCAUUGCCUUCCACCGGUACCUGGAGCAGACCCGUCACACGAUUCUGUGCGCCGACAGCAGUGAAGUUGACCGCGCCGUGGCGCUUGAUGGGCUGCUGAUGCGCUGCCGUGAGCUCUUCGACCUGCUGAGAGACAUGUACGCCCUGGUGCAUGUGCCAGGCGCGACGGCUGACCACAAGCAUCUUUCAAUGGUGAAGGUUCUACCGUACGACGAAGUCUCCACCCCCUCGUCGACGUCCGUGUCGUCCACAUUGAGCAUCCCGCCCGGCGUCGCAUUGAGGACCCAAGAACGCACCAGCGACGCCAAAGGCAUGCCAUUGUCAUCCAAGACGCAGCCGUGGAACUCGCAGCUGCCGCCUCUCAGCUGGAGGCCGUUGACUGCCGCUACUGCAGCGCGCUCAAAGGACGCCUUCGAGCGGGGCCGACGCACCAGUGCGAGCAGCUGCAGCAGCAGUGUAGCGUGCAUCGAGGUGCUGAACAACUACUACGUGACGCAGCUGAUCGGAGUCGGGGCGACGGGACGCGUGUACCUGGCAGUAGACAGGCAUACCUGUAAAGCGUUUGCCAUGAAAACUGUACCGCGGCACAGCCGCAGGGCCGUCAGCCGCCGUUUUCCACUGGCGUCGAUGAGUGCGUCAGACAGUGAGGCGCUGCAGUUGGAGGGCUCUACGCUGAGGGCCGUGCGCAUCGACGGCGCCACUGCGCACGCGGCUGGCAGUAGCACUACCACCAACGUCCCUCUUGCUCUUGUGCGGCCCUUCGCGAUGAACGUUGCCUCAGCGCGUUCAGUUACGCGGCGAGAAGGCACGCGUGACAGCAUGGAUGUGAACCUCUGCGAGGCCGCACUCGAGUCCCUCGUUCAUGUGGCCGCGUCGAGCCACCCAAGUGACGCUGCGAUUCCGUUCGUGGAGAGCGUGACCGCGCCCUCCUCGGCUACGACGGCUGGAAGCGGCGACGUCGAGGCUCCAAACACAUCGAAGAGACGAGCACCGCGGACAAGCUCCAGCAAGCACCUGAACGGCAGCGGCUCACCAAUCUGUGCAGGCGGUGCCGGGCUGCACACGACGGUGUUGAGGUCGACGAACGCGGGUGAAAGCGUCGGCGGCGACAGCGUCACCAAGUUUGUCAAGUCAGCACAUUCGAGUGAGCUACCGGCGGUGGAGCGGGAGAUUCGUGUUAUGCGGCGUGUGUGCAAUCACCCGCACGUGGCGCAGCUGAAGGAGGUGAUCGACGACGACAAGGAGGAUUCGGUGCACCUCGUCAUGACGUACGCCGAAAACGGCCCGCUCACGGUGAUGCACGGGUUCGACGCCGUUCUCGGCUGUGCACCGUGCGACGUUGUGCGGCCAUUCUCGCGGUGCGCUCGUCUGCUGCACCAGCUCGCAGAGGCCCUCAUCUACGUGCACCGUCAGCGCAUUGUGCACAACGACGUGAAGCCGGACAACAUUCUUCUCACGGAGGCCGACAACAUCCUUCUCACAGACUUCGGUGAGAGCGUGCUGAUUUCCAAUAAACUGCCACAGAUGCCCGCGGCGCACAUGUCAGUCGGUGCAGCUGGGGGGGAGGGGCUCAACGCGAGUGUCUUGGUGCCGCAUAACCGCUGGAAGUCGCCUCGCGGUGCCAAUGACAGCUGGGCAACCUUGAGCACGGCAGAUCGCUCGCCUUGUAGCUCUGGCGCUGCGGGGCACACCGCGAACACAUCGCAGAUGAUGGCAGAGACGUCUUUCCUGCCGGACUCGUCCAUGUUCUUGGCCGCCGGCGUCGAUGUGGAGGGGCGACUCAAAGGGAAUCGGUCAGCCAUCGGCACCCCCGCCUUUGCGGCACCAGAGCUUAUCAUGAGCAGCACCUGCAGCUACGAUUCGGACGCGUGGUCUUUUGGAGUGGUGCUCUACUCUGUCAUCUUCGGCCGCCUGCCGUUUGCGGCGGCGACGAUCAGCGAAACGUUCAGCGAGAUCCUGAAUUCGGCACUGUCGUUUCCGACUUUGGAGGAGGUGCCCGAGCGGGUCGGGAUGACGGAGACGGAGUACCAUCAGUGGGUGGAGCUCUGCACGAAGCUGCUGGUGCGAGAGCCACGGCAGCGACUGCCGCUUUCAGCGGUGCUGCGCCACCCGCUGUUCCGCGCAUCAGCGGCCGUGGGUGCGAAGUCGUCCACGUCGGCCACAGGUGUUGCGGAGAUGCCCCGUGGUCGACGCCCACCGAGCAGAAUUCAUAGCGACUUGUCUUCGGUGCCCACCCUAUGGUGGUCGAACCACAGUAGCCAGGCUUCGCGGUCAGUGUCCGAUAAAGAAGGCUCGCCGUUGAUGUCACGGGCAGCGCGCGCCACUAUGCCACCGUUGAUGGCGUGCGAGGUUGCUGCUUCUGUGAGCGCUGUUUCAAAUCGCCGAUGCAGCACGGAGGGGUCUACAACACCGUUGACGAGAGGUGGCGCGGUGCGCGAGGCCGUGCUUGACCGCCAUCGGCUGCAGACCAUGCCAGGCAGUAGCCGCACCUCCUCCAUCUUCGCGAGCACCGGCGCUUCGAUGGCUUCGCUCAGCCCCCCGGCUGCCAGCGCCGGCUUUGGGCGCCGUUCCAAGCCGAUCGUCGUGGAAGCUGCGGCGCCGCAGAUGUGGCCGGAGGUACGGCCACUUCAAGUGGCCCGCCUCCAAUGCCAGUGCGACUCGCCGAACUCCUCGCCGGCUGGGCGACGCUCCUUCUCCUGCGCCUCAAGUGUUCACACAGCCUCCUUCACGGCUACUGACCACGUGGGCAGGGUGCGGGAGCACACGCUCGUGUACAAGCAGGGCUUCGCCAGCCAGAGCGCCAGCGCGAUCCAAAGCCCAAUCAACCGGUCUUUCUUCUCGACAUCGACCCCGUUCAAGGAGUCACCGCCAGAUCGCGUCGUGACGCCGGGGAUUCAGUCGACAAGCUGCACCGACUUCACCUCCCCGUUGCCCUGUCCCCUCACGCGCGCCGGCAGCAGCACUCCCGACCUUUGCACGAAGGACCAUGAGGAGGAUCAACAGGAUGAGAGCGGCAAGGUGGGGUCAAGCAGCUCCAACGCUGCUGGCGCCGCCACUGCUCUGGCGGUCGUUGCCGCGCCAGCGCCUCCGGCCUCACCACCGGCGACGUCCUCAGCGGGGCGGCCGCGCUCCGUCGCAGCGGCGAGGGGGGCACGUGAGGACACUGCGGCGGUGGGGCUACGUGUGCAGCGCCGGUGCAGCGAGGAGGAGCCGUGUGAGGGGGACGGCAGCAGUGGUGCGAGUUGCAACUUCUCAUACUGGGACUCUUCGAGCGACGUGGCAGACAGCGGCGACAGCGCGGACGAGGGGCGGAAUCAGGAGAUUAGCAAUAAGGCGUCGCAGCUGCCAAAGCCGCCCCUGAUGCCGCCCCGUAGGGGCUCGACCCAGUCUUCGAGUGGGGUAAGGCCGCUGGUCUCUGUACAGGAAGUAGUCGCCCAACACGUGAAACCCAAGGGCAGGGGUGAGCACCUGAAAUCUGUGGCUGGCGUCCCUUACGGCGACUCGACGAUCGCUCUCGGAAGCUCCGAGAACCUCUCCGCGACAAGAGAGUUGGUGCAGAAGGUGCGCGAGACGGAGUCGCCGGUGCAGCAACAGGUCUCGAGGUCGUCGCCGCUGUCGAACAAUCUGGAGGCGAACGGCACCGGCCGUGGUGGAUUCUCGUCACCGUGUCCAUCACCGCUGAAGUCGACAGCUGAGAUACCCCCUGGACAGGCGAAAAGGUCGUGGUUCUGGUGUCAUCGUUAA